AUGGCGGAUCCUGCAAUGAACAUGAAAAAGUUGAUUGAAACAAGUAAAAACACAGUUUUGCAUGUUGAAAAUGGACAGCACGGAGCUGUCAUUGAGAUUUGCUAUCCCACAAUUGAUCUCUCUGUGCUUGAGGAUGUAAAAGCCAGGAAGCAUGUGCCCCACAUUAAAAAUGAUGUUUACGAAAGCGCAAAUGUUGAAUGUGAAUUGGAAUGCGAUGUAACACUGAAGCACCCGAUUGAUGAAAGUGUGUUGGCACGUGGCACAUGUCUAUAUGAAUACUACUGCGAGUCUUAUGAUGCCUACAUUAAAUCAGAGGCCAAGACAAUUAAAAGUAGAGAAUUAUCAAGAAGGCUGUAUGAAGAUGACAGCUUUCUCAUAUUUUCCGAAGACACCGACGCAUUAGUCUGGCAUUGUCUUUUCAAGAGCCCGGAAAUUCACUCAGUCCGAGAGCUAGCCAAUAUUGAAAAUCUUGACUUUCUCAGGCAGAAAACCUACCAGCUGCUGAGCGGGAUGAACAUUAGUCACAGCCAGGUGUGCUUGUUCUUUGAUUAUCAAGGCAAGUGCUCGCAUCUGCUGUUGAAUAUUGCAGAUAUUUCAAAUGGUCUGCAUAGUCUGGAGUCGUGCGGAAAGUUCAUAUAUUUUGACACGCUCUUAAAGAAUAUCAAGAUAGAUAAGACUACUAUCGCAAGGAUAUUUCCUAUAUCAGGCAAACAUAAAUAUUUUGUUUAUUCCAUUUCUUCUCAAAGCAUUUUAAAAUCAACUAUUUCUUUAAAAUCCACUGUGCUUUGA